UUCCCAUAGGCAAGCACGAGGUGGGGGCGCGGCUGCUCCUGCACGCUCCCCGACUGCCCGCCGGGCUGGUUCUGCGCAGGCUCACAGGAAGCGCCGGCUAACUCUUGCUUCCGGCGAGGGUUUUCUCUGGCGUCCGCGGCGUGGGGACCCGCCAACUCUGCGGCCGGGCUGUAGCCACCCGUGGGGUCGGUGCGCCCUUCGCUCCCAGGGCAAUUGGAAGAGGUACAUGAGCAUCCUGCCUCUCCCUUCUGCUAUUUCCUCCUGACUUUCUGCAAUCUUGGGUUCUGGGAACCUGAGUUUCGGGGACUGUGAAGUUUUGGUUACCGUGGCAACCGCCACCACGCCAGUCUGAGUCUUGGAGAACCUCAGAAGGAUUUGCGUUCCUUACCAUACGUGGUGGGUCGAUUUCACAUUCAGGCGUUAUUUCAAGCUUUUGCGGCGAACGGUUGAGUUUGCUUUUUUAAAAGGCUUAAUCUGGAUUGAAGGCUGAGGAGCAAAAUUUGAGGCAGCUCUUGGGAGACGGCCCAGCAGGUAAUAGCCACUACCGUCAAGCCAAUUUUGACUAGAUAUGAGCGAUUUCGGGGAAGAAUUGACAAAGCUUGCUGUGGCAGAGAAUGGCAAGAGAGAAACUUCUGUGUUCUCUAAUCCAGGAAUGCACUUCCCGUGGCUUCAGAAUCGUGUAGAAACUGUAGUGACUGGAGGGAAGAGGAAGAGGGAUUUUACUCAGACGACAAGCGCGUGUUUAAGCUUUAUCCACGAAGCCCUGCUGAAGCACCAGUGGCAGCGGGCUGCGGAGUACAUGCACAGUUACCUACAGACCCUGGAGGAUUCCGACACCUACAAGAGGCAGGCUGCCCCUGAGAUCAUUUGGAAGCUUGGAAGUGAAAUUCUAUUUUAUCACCCCAGAAGCAAUGUGGAGACUUUUAAUAGCUUUGCCGACCGGAUGAAAAAUAUUGGUGUCUUGAAUUAUUUAAAGAUCUCCUUACAACAUGCAUUGUAUCUUUUACAUCACGGAAUGCUUGAGGAUGCAAAUAGAAAUCUCAGCGAUGCAGAGACAUGGAGAUAUGGGGAAAAGUCGUCCUCUCAGGAAGUGUUGAUCAACCUUGUUCAGGCCUACAAAGGGCUUUUACAGUACUACACUUGGUCCAAAAAGAAGAUGGAGCUGUCAGAGCUUGAUGAGGAUGAUUAUGCUUAUACGGCAAAAACCCAAAACAUGCUCAGCCAGAGCUGCAAGACGUCUGCAAGUAUCAGUGCACUGCUUAAAACUCCUGGGGUUUGGGAUCCUUUUGUGAAGAGUUAUGUGGAGAUGCUAGAAUUCUACGGUGAUCAAGACGGAGCCCGAGAGAUACUCACCAAUUAUGCGUAUGAUGAAAAGUUCCCCUCAAACCCCAAUGCCCACAUCUACUUAUACGAAUUUCUCAAGAGAGAGAAGGCACCGAGAGCGAAACUGAUAAGUGUUCUUAAGAUUUUACAUGAGAUUGUGCCAUCUCAUCCACUAAUGUUAGAAUUCCAUAUGUUGCUUAGGAAAUCAGAGACAGAAGAACACCGGAAGCUGGGCUUGGCUGUGCUGUUUGAAGUCCUGGAUUUUGCUGGAUGCACUAAGAACAUAACUGCCUGGAAAUACCUAGCACAGUAUCUGAAGCAGACACUAAUGGAAAGCCGUCCGGCGUGGGUGGAAGAAGAGUGGAAAUCUAGGAGAAGCUGGUGGCCGGCCUUUCACUUCAGCUUCUUCUGGGCAAAGAGCGACUGGAAGGCAGACACUGGCUUGGCUUGUGAGAAAGCGUUUGUAGCGGGAAUCCUUUUAGGAAAAGAUUGUAGAUAUUUUCGGUAUAUUUUAAAACAAGGUCAUGAAACCUUGAAGAAGAAAAUAAAGCGGAUGAAGAAGUCUGUGAAAAAAUAUAGUAUUGUAAAUCCAGAUGUUUGCACCUAGAUUGCUUGCCUACAUGCUGGUAAUGGGAUGUAUGCCUAACCACCUCUGAGAAUUAUUUUGAAGAUUGGGAGAUGAGGUGUGAGAAGAUGCUCUGUAGACUGGUGCAUGGUAUGCACACAGGAGCUGCUUUCCAUCAUCAGGUUCAUCCGUUCAAGAGAGGAUCCUGGCCUACACAUGGACUGCAGAGAGACCGUAAGCCACAGGAGGACUGUAGCUCAGGAGGUGACCUCAUUUGGAGAUGUCUGCACGUAAAUAAAAUAAGGUCGUGUUAGUGGGCCUUAACCCAAAUGGCUUGUGUUCUCAUAAACAGAUGUGCACACAGGAAACGGCAUCUGCGCAUGAGGCAGCACUUGGAGCAGCACAGCACUGCUCAGCCACAGCUGCAGAGGAUGGCUUGAGAACCACCACAAGCUGCUCCCACAGCCCUCAGAAGGAACCAGCCCUGCCAGCACCAUGACUCCAGGGCCAUCAGAGCUGAGAGACAAUAAGUCUUCUCUUGAGAACCUUUCAGUUUGUGUACCUUUUGUACAGCAGUCCAGGCAAACUAACACAGUAAUUUACAAAUGUGUUUUUCAAAGAUGGGUGCUGAGGGGCCACAGUAGCACCAUGGCUAGGCUUCUCCUGGACCUCGCCUCCACUAGGCCUGGGUUUUAAUGUAGCUUCAGUAUCCGUUUCUGCACCCUGUUAAAGCAGGAAGAGGAGCCUCAACCAGUCAUGUUCAGCAUGACCUCAUCCCCUCCUGGCUGCCUGUAAAAGGAGUCUGCAAGCUCCAUUUGGGGUCACUGCCAUUUUGUUGUCUGGCUGACAGACCCCUGCAUGCUGGAAUAAACAAUGCUCUUGUUGAUUGCA